AUGGCUUCUGGUGACGUGACCUACCCUAAUACGGGCAGCAUCAGCGAUAUUGUGACCAAGGGCCCCAUUGUUGACAGCGUCAAGUCCGAGGCAUCCCGCACCGGCAACGAGCUUCGCGAACUCUCCAACUCGCGUGUGACCCCUUCCACCACCACCGCCGAUGGACAACCGUUGACCCACUAUCACUCUUUGCUGUACAGCCUUUUGAGCUGGGAGCAACCCCGUGCGACCGCCGUUUCUUUCGCUAGCGUGAUCGGAUUCAUCUUCGCCGCUCGUUAUCUGCCUCUCCUCCGCUGGGUGUUCAAGUUCUUGUAUAUGUCAUUGGGAUUGACCGCCGCCGUUGAGAUUGCCGGACAUGCCAUUCUCAAGCGUGGAAUCGCCAGUGGAUUCCGUCCUCGCCGUUACUACACCAUCCCCAAGGAGACCGUUGAGGCCGUGCUCGAGGAUCUUGAGCAGCUUGUGGAUUUCUUCCUGAUCGAGUUCCAGCGUAUUCUGUUUGCCGAGAACGUUCUUCACACCGUUUUGGCCUUUACUGCUGCUUUCACUGGCUACUGGUUGAUCCGCUUCGUUCCCUUCUGGGGAUUAGCCGUGAUUGCUGUGACCACCACAUACUUCGCCCCUCUCAUCUACAUUAGCAACCGCGAAAUUAUCGACGAGCAAAUUGUCAACGUUCAGGAGAUCAUCAACUCCCAGACCAAUCAGCUCCGCGAUCUGGCUGGUGAGCGCACUUCUCAGGCUACCGGCUUGAUGAAGCAGUAUGUCGGCGAGUAUAGCUCUAAGGCCCAGGAAAUUAUCGGUUCCCGCCGCUCCGCCUCCCCUGAGGCUACUAAGCUCGUGAGCCCGAUCAAGCGUGAGACCAUCUCCGAGUCUGCCAAGACCCAGCCCCUCGAGACCUUCACUGCCCCCGUUGUUGAGCCUGCCACCGCUAUCAAGACUGAGGACUUCCCCGAAGCCCCCAAGGCUGCCCCUGUUGCCCAGUCUAUCGAGUCUGAUAUUGUCGCCUCCGUCGAGUCGCCAGAGCAGGCUGGUGACCGCGAGCCCCUCGUGGCCAUCUAA